UUGAUCCUGUGGGCUGUGAGAGUUUACACAUUUCAACUCCAUCAGAGUUUUGAAAUCUUUUUAAUCAGACUGUUUCUUUUGUUUGUUGCUCGUGUUAACCGCAGUGGUUUCUGGGUUUUUGGUUCUGGUUCUUUGGACUCUCUCUCUGUUAAGGGGUUAAAGAGAGAGCGUCGGUUUGAGUUUCCUGUUUUAACAUAAGGGUUGCUGGUGCGGUCUCCUGCGGGAUUCCCUCUCUUGCGUGUCUCCAGUGACGCACCCGCGGGAUGGAGGUGGGAGACUUGCUGGCGGAGUGCGCUAGGACCGCAGCGGAGCGCUCCGCGAGCCGCAGCGAGGCGCACAGACUCCAGUUCUGCAGCUGUAGAGACUCCCUGAGUGCAGAGCUGGGCUCUCUGCUGCAGGAAGCCAUGGACAUGAAGUGGCCCUUUGUUCCAGAAAAGUGGCAGUUCAAGCAGCUGAUUGGCCCCAGCGACAAGACCAACCUGAGCAACCUCAUCCGUGAGCACCUGCCCAAGCUGCUGACUCUCCUCAAAGCCUCCAUCAUGUUUGAUGAAGCUCCCACAGCACUUGCAGUCAUAUUCUUGGUGGACCGCUUCCUCUACUGGACGGACCAGUCCAGCCAGCUGCUGAAGAUCGCCCGGCUGCUCCACAAAGCUCACCCAGACACACCCAUAGCCCCCCAGCUGGUCAUACGGCAAUCCAGGGUGUAUCUCAACUCUGGAAAACUGCAAAAGGCCGAGUUCAUCCUGAGCAGUUUGAUCAAGAACUGUGGAACAACAGGCUGUUGGAGCUACCAUUCUGACAGCGACAGGGCUCUGGUGCAGGCCGUCAGUGUUCAAGUGCGGGGAACGGUUCUGCAGAAGCUGGGCUUGUGGCGAGAAGCCGCAGAGCUAAUCUGGGCUUCUUUGGUUGGCUUCUACGCUCUUCCUCAGCCUGACAGGAAGGGCAUUGGGACGUCCCUCGGUAUUCUGGCCAACAUCUUAGUGUCAAUGAAUGAUGAAGACUUCCAUUCUUUCCGGACAAACCCAGACAUUCGUUUUGAGCGAAUACUUGGAGAUGAGAGUCAGCGUCUUCUUUCAGCUGCGCUGGCAGCCAAGAUGGCCGUCAUAUCAAGUCAAUACACUUCCCUUUACGUGUUGACCAACGUGACCGCUCAAGGGACCUGCUUGUUGUCCUACAGUUUCUCCCUGGAGUGCCCGGACUCUCAGAGAAACUUGUUCCUCCAGCAGGCGCGAGAGGCCUUUGCAAUCGGCCUUCUCACCAAAGCAGAAGACGAGCUGGUCACCAGCCAGCAGGAGCUGCACACCUUCAUCAAGGCCGCCUUCUCCAUCACCGUCACCCACAAAUGGCUCAGCGCCUCCGGUGAGGUGGUGCCUAAAGCAAGUCAAGCGUGCCAGGAGGCUCUAGCACUUUUUUAUGAAUACUGCAGGGCUAACGAUGAAGACAAAGACGCCCUCUGUGCCAGAAUCAUGCAUCUGGUCGCUAAGGUUAAGCUUCUGUUGGGCGUGGUUCCCUUCCCUAAUUCAGAUAAGGGGUCUUUUAUCCCCGAUCACUACAGAGAUAUCAAUGACUCCUCUGUCAAUUUCACCCUGGAGGAUUUCUCAAAGAUUUUACAGAGAUUUGAGAAGUAUCACGCGUCGGUGUCUGAGACCGCUGCAUCAGUUGUGGAGACUUCAGAGAAUCUGCACAGGCUGUGUUUAGCAGAUCUAGGAACAACCGUUGAGGCCUCCAAACCGGAGGGCAGCACUGGGGCAGCAGGGGGUCCAUGCAGCGCGUAUCCACACCCCAAAGCAGAGGUUUCCACAACCUGUGAGAGCGCUGACAGCUCUUCGUGGCAGAAGCUUUCCAUGAGCAGCUCGGGCUCCUCUCAGCUCAGUGGCAAAGGAGACGAAGCAGAUGUGAGCAAUGAGAGCUGUGCGUCCACGGAGGCUGAUGAAGACGGGUCAGUCAGUUUACAAACUGCUGACAAAAACCAGAAGCUACACAAACAAGGAAGUGGCUUUGGGAUCACCUCAAACACAACAUCACCCAAAGUGUGCGGUAAACCAGAACAGGGGGGAAUAGAGACGCUGGACUCUGAGAAGAGGACGGCGGAUGAUGUUGGUGAAGCAAACAAACACUCAACCCCUGAGGAAGCUGCACUCUCUCUGUCCCAGCUGAUGCUCAGAACAACAUCCGACUCCCUGGACGACAGUUUCAGCUCCCAGUAUUCGUGGGAAAAGUUAUCAUCCAAUCAGUCAAGUUAUCCAUCAAAAGCAGGAAGCAGCCAAACCAGCCAGACUCCAGAUUCCAAAGGGAGUUUCUUCAUCAUGGAAACAGACGAUUGCGAUCUUCUUCCUCAAUCGAACCCUCAGAGGAUCCACGGCGUUCAAUCAAACAUGGACAUAAAAAAACAUCCAGGGGAAGCUCCCAACUCCCCAGAAGCCUUUUGUAGACCAGAGCAGUUCACGCUCUCAGAAACCUCCACAGAAAGCUCGUUUGAAAUGCUGGAGGGCAGUGAGGGCAGUAAGGCAGCCUCGGUGGCCCUCAGCCCCAGGUGCUACAGCUGCCUGAACCCCACCAAAGCAGCAGCGACCCUGGAGUUGUCCCUGCAGGACUACCAAGCCCUGCUGGCUGGAGUGUGCCAUGAAUGUCUGCUGAGGAGGCUGCAGUUCGAUGAGAGAAAAUUCAGGCUCGACCAGCUCUCUACUGCUCACAGUGCUCUUCACUUAAAGUUCUCUAAGGAAGCGGGACUGUGGACAGCCAGAGAGACCUGUGUUUACAUUGGGACACACAUUGAAAUGAAUGGCAACCCCCACGGCAGUCAGAGGGAAGCCAUAUGGGUCCAGUUCUUACACCAGGAGGAGAGGCUGAGCAGCUAUGUGGGGAAAAACUACCUAAAGCCAAAAGAAAUCAAGUUCCACCUGAACGACGUGGAGAGGCAGAUGACAGCGCAGUAUUAUGUGACUGAAUUCAACAAGAGGCUGUAUGAUAAAAACGACAUGGCACAGAUCUUCUACAUCCCUUCAGAGGCUCUGUUGAUUCUGAAUGGAAAAGAGAUCGUGGGCUGCAUAACGGUGGAGCCCUUCAUCCUCGGGAACUUUGUCAAAUUGACCAACAACACCCGAAAGAAGGUGGAGAGCUUGAGUGCAACGAAAUACGGAAUCGCCUUUGGUCACUUCACUUACCUGCUGUCCAAACGUCAGGAAGUUGUUGUAGACUUGCAAGGAUGGGUGACAGCAAACGGCAAAGGUCUGACCUACCUCACCGACCCUCAGAUUCACUCCACCAGGACGCGCAGAGGCCCCUCAGACUUUGCCGGGUCUGGGAUCCGCUGCUUCCUGAGGGAGCAGCAUGGACCAAAGUGCAAUGAGAUCUGUCAGCGGCUCAAACUUCCUCCACUGGACCCUCAGACCGCUCUGCUUUAGAUAUUUACAGAAACCCUGAUUGUAACCGAAACGAGCAACUCUCGUCUUCCCUGUUUGAUCUUGUUUAAUGAGGAAACUUUAAGAGUAUCUUCUUGAAUCUUCAUGUUGGAUCAUUAAACAUAUAAAUGGCUCCUUGAUGGAAGAGUUGUGGGAUCACAGAAAUGAUCAUUGUUAAGUAUUAAAUAUGUGUGCAAAUUGGAAUGAUUUUGUAAAAGAAAAAGGAUGUAUCUACAUCAAGUAAAAACAGAGAGUUUCACUUUUGAUCAAACAAUUUUACUAUUUUAAGUAUUUAACAACAUCUACUGGAAUCAUUCAUAAAUUGUGAACUUUUUCAGCAACAACCCAGCUAGUAAGGCCAAGUGGGCCCCACAUGGUUUAAAAGUGGGCCGAAAUUAGCCUUUAUUAGUUACGAUGCUAGCUGCAUUUUCAUUUAAUGUCAUGUAAUUUAAUUGUCAUGAGUAGAGACUCAUGACAAUUGCCUGGUUCAGGUGUGUCCAGCCAAUAAGAACAUGCCAGAGCAGGGUAUGUUGGAAACCAUGCAGGAAGGAGGCACUCGAGUCUCUUAUUGGAAGAUCCCAUGCUCGUGAUUGACCUCUGCCUGUCUGACCCUGAUUUAGCUUUGUGGACUUUUAGCUGUGCUUCAUUCCUGUCUGAACUAAUAAACCUGCUGCAGGUGGAACCAGCUGUCUGUUUGUGACAGAUACUGUAGGAUGUCACUGAUUGGAUGAUGAUAUUCAGUAUCGCUUCAUGCUUAAUAACUUUUAUUUGAAAUGAUGGACAAAUGUCAUCAUCCAAUCAGUGAUGUUCUAAAGUACCUACUUUUUCUGUUUUCGCCUUUUUUUUUAUAUUUUUAUACAUUUCUUUUUGAUUUCUGGAAAUUUUUUUUUUUUUCUAAAGCGUUUCAUUUCAUUAUUUGUUUUGCUGUUUUAAUUGUUGUUCGGAUCUUAAAUAUUUUUUUUUCAUUGAGUGAUUCGUUUGUAUAUAUAGUAUGGUAUUGCAGUCCACAAAAUCUCAAAGUUCUUCAAGUCUUCACUUGUUGCAGAGAUGGGACUUCUCUGACAGACCGCUGUCCAUGAACCCUGAAACCAGUUUCAUAUUUCAGGGGUUUACCACCUGCUCGCCAUCAGAGGUGAAGUGCUUGAUGUGAGAUGCACUUUUUAAACACCUGAGCCGAAGCUUCUUGUCUCUUUUGUCUCCAGAUUUUACUUCGGACCUUAAGCAUUUUUUAAUCUGUUCUCAAAGUGUUCCUGGUGGUCUUUUAAUUAUGAUGAUACUGUUUCUUGCCAAAAUAAAAAAAACUGUGUCUUGGACUGUCUGUAGAGCGGCAGGAUUUCAUUAGUAAUUCAAAUCUGAGUUGAUGGCAGGACUACCGUUGAUGUGGAGUGAGCCCAGCCUCACUUCCCAUCAUCUCUUUGUUUAUGCUCUCUUUUCUAGCUCAGAUGAGGAAAACAAAGACGUUCAUGGAUCUUUUUGUCUGCAACAAUGGAGCAAAGCAGAGAGCUUGUGGCCUGCCUACUGUACCUAUGUCACAAGCUUUUGUUAAACAAUAUUAUUUUGUCUUCUCUGAUUUACCACAAUUUAUAUAAAGAAAAAAAUCAAAAAUGUAAUUUUUAAAUAAAUUUCAUCCUGAGAUGAAAAGAACAUUAAAAACACAAUUUUCAUUUGAGAGGGUCUUUAAUCCAGAGCAAAAGUUCAGUCUGUUUUCAUAAACAUUUUUAUUUAAACACUUUUCUGUGCAAAAAAGAAAACAGUUAACGAUAGGCCCAUUAAAGCCCUGUAACGCUUCUAAUGGAACAGGGAAAUUUCUUUUAGAAAAUUGUAUCUGCAUCUGAACUUAGUCCCAUUUGGUCAUAAAAAAGGAUUGUUAUGCCUGAAGAGCUCACAUGUUGAUGUCUGUAAACACUAACUCCCCCUCAGUCAGGGACGGCUGGAGGACGCCGUGUGUGUCGGAGGUGAAACAAGUUGUUUUUCUUCAGUUGGAUGAAUCAAACCCAGAACUGGGGUUUCCUGAAUGUGGAA